GAGUGUUGGCUACCCAAAGGCCGAGCGGCAGGCGGGCGGCAGGUGCCGCGGCCGGGCGCCGCUGCCUCGUCGCGCGUCCCCGCGAUGAGCCUCGUCUCGCGGCCUGCCCCUGCCGGCUGCCGCUCCGCGCGGGCCUCACGGCGUGACCCGGGCCUCGUGGCGUGGCGGGCCCCCGCGGCGCGACGCGGGCCCUGAGCGGGAGCGGCGGUCCCUCCCGCGGCCCCAGGCCUCGCCCGCCAGCGCUCCUCGAUGUCUCCCCGGCGGGGAGGACGCUGCCUGCGACACCCGCCGAGCGGCGCCCCCCGGAGCGCCCCGCUGCCGCCCCGCGGGGACGAUGAGGGCGGAGGGCGCCGACCACUCGAUGAUCAACCUGUCGGUGCAGCAGGUCCUGAGCCUCUGGGCCCAUGGCACGGUGCUGAGGAACCUCACGGAGAUGUGGUACUGGAUCUUCCUCUGGGCUCUCUUCUCCUCUCUGUUUGUCCACGGUGCUGCAGGCGUGCUGAUGUUUGUGAUGCUGCAGAGGCACAGGCAGGGGAGAGUGAUCUCCAUCAUUGCUGUCAGCAUCGGGUUUCUGGCUUCUGUAACUGGAGCAAUGAUUACUAGUGCAGCAGUGGCCGGCAUCUACAGAGUGGCUGGGAAGAACAUGGCCCCGCUGGAAGCCCUGGUGUGGGGCGUGGGGCAGACUGUGCUGACACUCAUCAUCUCCUUUUCAAGGAUCCUCGCCACACUCUGAGUUCUGAGGGAAUGUCUUCUUCACUAAGGAAACGUGUGGACAGAGUCCCCGGAAAUGUGUGGUUAAUCAGCUGAAAUGAAGUGGUACAAGCAGGGACCCAGCAAGAAAAACCUAGGGAAGACCUUGAGCCGUGUGGCAAGCCUGCCCUCUGGCGUCCAAACGUUUGCACUACCGCACUGCACCUUACGUGCCUCCAUCCCAGGCAAGGUGCACAAGACUCUCUGUGAAGCUGCAAGAAGAAGCACCUUGUUUAGUUGCCAAUCAGGUUAACAUUGGUGUUGAAACCGUCGUUCUCAACGGUGUUGUGUUAAGUUACAGGAACGUUUUGAGAAAUUGAUCUAUGUGCCAAACUUUCCUUUCUGUUAACAUUGAUCAUGUGACAGUUUGCAAGUGUAGACAUAGGUGAGUGCUGUGAGUAUACUUGACAUGGAUUCAGGUAACGUAGCCAGGCUUAGCUUUGUCGUGUUAAUCCCAUGAGUGUUGGAUAGUGGGCUUUCAAUACCAAGGAUGGUGUUCGGUUUGUUAAGCUGAGUGUUCUGGAACUUGGGGCUUUAAUCUGUCUCUGUGUUGUUAUUUAAUUUAUGUGAAAACCACUGGUCUCCUCAGUGGACGACUAGCUGAGCUGUUCUAUGGACUCAGACUUGUAGGGUGCAUACUUUUCAGUAACCUACACCUUUCAUAGUUUCCCUCAUAUAUCAUAUUCUAUUUAUAUGGAUCAAACCUUUAUGAGUCAAACACAUUGUCACUUGUGUGUCAUAAAAAUAUAAUUUACAUUUUUCUUAUAAAUUUUGUAAGGAAAAGUCUAAAAUGCAUGUUGCAUUCUUCAACCCUUCUAAAGGUUUUUGCCUCCAUCUCACAGAAUAUUCUAAUUCAUUGCAGUGGGAUUGUGUGCACUGUGUACGUGUCUUGAGUGUCUUGGAUUCUAUAGUACUAACUGCUUAGAGAGUGGCCUAAAUUAGGCUCUGGGAUUAAGAAUGCUUCAUUUAUAGGAAAAUAAUAAGUACCUUACAUAGGAAGAGCAGUAAACUGUCUCCCUCUGUGUAUGUGGCAGGGAGAAAAUUACACUUGGGAAGACUGAGGACUGAGUGGAUGGUUUUCAAGUUGGCAGUUAGUCUGAGUGUAUCAAGACAAUGCAGAACCUUUAUCUAAGCGGGGAUGUUAGCGGUGUGGUUUAAGUUUGUGAUUCUAAGUUAUUACCUGAGUCGAAUAGAGUCUCAGGUCACAUUCAUUAACAGUGGAAAUGUACUUUGUUUAUAAAACCUUUUAGGAGGUUUAGAAAAACACACAGUUGUUUAUUACAAAUACAGGAAGUUGGGAAAGUACAGACCCUGGUUGAACUGAGUGUGUGUGUGUGUGUGUGUGUGUGUGUGAUAACCAGUUGUAACUACAAACGUGCUAACUUAAGGGAAGAUCCAUUGUAGAAAUUAUGAAUUUAUAGGUAAUCUAAAGAAUAGCAUAGCACCUUGAGCUCCUUGACGUAGUUUGGUUGAAGACGUUUAUUAUCCAUGCCCCUUUUCCCUAACAGAGAAUGCAUUAUCAGUUUCGGGAGGAGCUGCUUUGCCAGUGCAUCAGCCAACUUAGACUUACUAAUAACGUGGCUUGGAAAUUUAACAACCCAAAAAUCAACCAAGAAGCAAAGCUAUAUCCUUAGAGAUGUCAGAGAACAAGCCUGAAAUUGAUUUCUUCUGCUGUGCCCAGGCCUGCUGCUCUUCCCAUGCAUUCUUUGUAUUCUUGCUGUUUUCUAAACUUAAACGUGAGCAUCUUUUCCAGGUAACCCCAGUUUUCUCUCCUGUUUGGCUGGCUUUGCUCUUGUCAGCAACUCAGAGCUUUGUGUGCCAGCGUGAGACUUAACUGUCUCUGACAUUGACUUGUGUACAGAACAAAUAUUUGUGUUAACAUGGUUAUCUUAUGAUCUGAGAAAGUUAUCAUGUUAAAGUAAUACGGAGCCCAUUGUUCAAAUCUAAAACUAACUAAAGAUUACCUUGAUACAUUGACUAUGUGAAUGAAUGGACCAAAGAGAAUUGCGCUUGUUUUGUGCUCUAGGGUGAAAGUCUAAGGGGGUUAGUUACCUCUUUAGAGACUGUCCUGCGGUCAUCUCAUUGUCAAGCUAAUUUGCAUUAAGAAUUGUGUUCAUGUGUGCACUUUUAAUUUGAUGGGCAUUUUUAGUUUCUUCAGUUAUUUCCAUUGGGAUUUUGUGUAACUAUCAACUCUUGGUAUUUUGAAAUGCAAUUGAGUAGUGUGGAUUUAUGAAACUGUCUAUAUAUCUAUUUAUAUGGUAAAGUUUUCAAGAAGCUGUUUCUUAUAGAGACAAAGUGUUUAAUGAAAUAUAUAUAUAUAUACACAUAAGAAUAUCAUUAUAUAUACAUAUAUAGAUAGCUAUAUAUGAAUACAGUCCAAUUGGAAAGCUUUGUUUGAUGAACAUUUUCCUGUUCUUCUGGAGAAGUUGAUACAUUUGUUUGGUUAAAUGCUCUUUGAAAUAGACUGGAGGGUAUUUAAGGGUUUGCUGGAGACCCUUGUUUUGGAUCUGACAAAAGCUCUCACUGACAUAGUCAGUUCCAUUUUCUUAAAAGCUCAGCCAUGGAUUAGCAGCACAUUUUCUUCCUUAGCACCCCAUCUCAUGUGACCAAGAGCCUGAUCACCAUACAGUUCCAUCAGCUUCUCAGGAGACAUGGUUAACUCAAGUCCUCGUGUGUGUCAGCUCAGCCAGUGGUAAAGGCUUACCCAGGAUUCUUUCUUAGUAUUCGAAACACAGAAUUCCAUGGCUCCUUUUCUAAGCCUUCAGGAGAUUUUUUUUUUUUUUUUUUUUUUUUUGGUGAAAGAAGGGAAAUUAGGUGUGUUGUGAAGAACAAGGAUAAUUAAGAUCUGAGGAUGCUAUAGAAAACAGUGCCUCCAGGACCUUCCAUUCACAGCGUGGAAGGCUGGGCGCCCUCUUUGAGAUGCCUAGGCUGGUACUCACCACUUAGCUCAGUUUGCUGAGUUCUGUUCUAUAGAUCUCCUGUGUACAAAGAUGGCUGAAAUAGGAUUUCCUCAGACUCUCCCAGGAACUGGACAAGCAGUUUCAAAGUCUAAAAAGGUUGGGGUAGUACCUUACUACUUCCUGAGACUCACCCUUUCUCCCUCCCCGGACCUCAUUUUUCUUUUUCCAUCUCAUCCUCUGAGUUGGACAUUUCAAUGUCUUAGGUGUUGCUCUGACAAGGACCAGACUCUAAGCCAAUGAGAUAGAUCUGAGUCCAUGCUCCGUCACGUGGUUCACUUUGAUCUGAGCAUCAUUUAACCACUCUCAGCUUUAGGUCUCACUUUGAAUUGAUUAAUACCUCCUAUGGGUAAACAGUAUGUUUGUGACAGUAAGUCAGUAGAAUUCUAAAGUUAUAUUUUUCCAUAACCAUUGGGUUUUAUGAAAUUCACCUUCAUCCAUUUCUUUUUUUUUCUAUAUAUUUUAAGAAAAAAGACUUUUAUAUAAUUUUACUUUCAUUACCUCCUCUUUGCCCCUUAAAAUCUACAGAUAACUUUUCUAAGGAGACUUUGAGGAGUUGAUGGUGAUGGGCGUGAUGGGUAAAUAGGAAUAUAUUACAGGUUCUGCUCACCUCUGGUUAAUGUAGAGAGAAUGGAUGUGGCCAGCAUUUCCUCCACUGCCAUUUCCUACUUGCUCCUUUUGGUUUGACUCAGAACAUCCUUUGACUGGGUCCCAUAUGCAAAGUACUGCCCUCGUAUUAGCUCCCGCCCCUCCUAGUCAUCUGUCACUGUGACGUAAAGAAUAUGGAAACAUUACUGAGGAAUUUCUGAUGAUGGCUUUAGAUUAUAGAGAAGUGUGGUAACAUAGCUUAAGUAUGACUGGGUAGUUACUGAAUCUUUUUAAAAUCAGGGGGCUGUAUUCUCAGUGGUUAGACUUGACAGUCAGCCAGUAGUGUCCUAGUUAUCCAUAAUUUCUCAUCCUUUGAAACUGUUCAGGAUAUAAAGGACAUUAUUCAGUUUUAAAAUGUAAUGUUUCUUGAAUGUGCAAUGCCAUUUGUAACAGAGAGAAAUUCAAAGUGGGGGAUGUUAGAGAGGCUAAUACACAAAACAAGAGCAUAUGAAAACCCCCUGUGUUUGCAAGCAUAGUUCCUCCAUCCUGUUAAGACCAUAACCACCAUGGAGAGAGAAGUUUGCUCAUGCCUUGGUUCAGUGUGUGUGGGCUCUACAAAACACAGGUGCUCAUGGCACGUUCUGUGGGGGGAUUUGUCCUCCCUUGAGGAUCCCUGUUUUCUGUAGGUGAUCCUGUAUGGUGGCUUAGUUUCUGAAUUUGCCUAUCUUAGAAUCUAGCUGGAAUCUGUUUGGGAGAAAUUAAUGUUUCCUAUGUGAAAUGUUUUCAGGAAGCAGGUGCUGCACUGCUACACCUUUCUGAGCAAGCUGAGCUGGGAUGCAGUACCCUUUCUUCAUUUAGAUCCGCUUUCACAUUCUUUACCUACAUGUGGGGCACAUGUAUUGAACACACAUAAUGGCCUUUUGGGUUUUGCAAACUAAUAUAUUUAGCAGUUUCUCUAACAAUCUCCUUUCCAAAGCAGAUGUCAUACAUCCUAACUUAGAUGUGUGCAUUUCUUGACAGAAGCUGACGUGCUGGUGUAGAGAGACUGUUCAGUGCCCAUGUUUAUGCUGUGGUUAUCUCAUUGAAAAGGAUGCAUUCAAGGCACAGGGCUGGGGGUGGGGUAGGCAGAGAGUCCAUGUGAUGCUCCUGCUCUCCUUUGCACGAUGUCCUGCACCCACACCUGCUGUGUAGGCUCCGUGACACGGCCUUUCCCUUUGGGGAAUGCCUAGCUCCAUACUCUGAUGCUGAUCAUCUGGACUCACCCCAUGAGCGGAGCACUUCCCUCCUAGACGUGCACUGGGGAUUCUUUUCAAGACAUUCACUUGUUCAGAGGCUUGAGAGCGCCACUGAUUGUAAAGGUUUUGGUUUGGUUUGGUUGUUGUUGUUGUUUUUUUUUUUUAAGUUUUAUAUUUUUGAGAUAGAGUCUCACUCUGUAGCCUAGACUAGCUUUGAACUUGUGAUCCUUCUGUCUCAGCUUGUCAGGUACCAGGAUUGCAGAUGUGUACCACUGUGCAUGGCUCCUCCUUUUUAAGUCAAAAGGUUUACAUUUCAUCUCUGAAAGUGGUUAGAAUAGAAUAGUUUUAAAGUUUUCUUUCUAGAAAGAAAAAUACUCUUGUUUGCCUAGGUUUUUUUCAUAGUGCUUAUGAUAGUAGCUGUGUUUUCCUUGGGGCACUCUUGCUCUUCCCCUGUACACACCUUUAUUCAUGAGCUCCACCUGUUUCAUGAACAAGUAGGACGCUCCCCUCAGCUCAUUGUCGCCAUAUGAUCUGGCAGAAUGCUCACCCGUGGUUCUAGCCCAAGUAUUAGCCCCUGCCUUAAGAUGUCCCAGGAUGAGAGAGCAGCUUUAGUUAUAUGAUAACAUGGCUUUGUUUAAGUAGCACAAGUAUAACUGCUCUAGCAGAUACUAAGAAACUAUCAGCCAGCCCACUGAUGAACCAUUUAGCUAAACCACAGUAUAAUUUUUUUAAAAAGCUAAAUGAUAUCUCAGGGCCUUGAAAGUUAAGAAUCUUUUGCAAAGUGGACUUAGGGAGGACUGGGGUUUGGCCAAUGAGCUGGCUUUGUGCACAGCACCUGCAGAGAGAUCCCAGCACUUACAGUGGGCCACUGAGACAAGUCCAGCUACUUACCUUUUACAGUUCCGGUUCCGUAGACAUUAGCCACUGACUGUGACAGGCCACAACUGCUUCUACAGUCCUUCACCACACGGGGGUAUUUGCCUCUCCUUCUUUCCCUUUCUUUUUUUCCAAGUAAGUAUGAAAGUAGAAAAAUGUAGACAAACAAAUGUGGGAUUUUAAAGUUGAGUUUUAGGUAAACUAGAGAUUCCUGUGUGGACAGUGUUAGUUUAAUAUUGUAGUUACAAAGGCAGACACUUUAUGUAACCUUUAGACAUAUGUUUACCAUCAGGGAUUUAUUUUUACAAUAGAAAUAUUAAAUGUACUGUGAAGCUUAAAGACAGGAAGACUAGACGUUGGAGGGUGAUACUCAGACAAAAGUGUGUUUGGUGAGGUACCCGCGUUAUGUGAACAUGACUUCCCCUUCUGUUAAGACUAUAAACUACACUGUAAGAGUGUGUGUGUUGCAUGUUUACAUAAAACAAUUUCAUUCUGAAGGAUUAUUUCAACUAUGUUUAUAUGUAAUACCUAACAGGUUGUAAAUAGUGUAUACUAUUGAUUUUUAAUUUUAUAUGAGCGAUUUUUUUAUUUCCCAAGUCAUGUACAAAUCUCAUUGUGUAUAUAGCAUAACUCCCUGGAGACACAAAUUUUGCAGUGAAUUUUAAGUAUUUUAAUCGCUGUAAGCAUCAUGUUAGCCUCAGAGAUGCUGGUCCUUAUUUUAAAUUAUUUUUCACCACACAUUUUCUUCAAAGGGCAGCAAUAAACAUAUGCAAGUUAUUUUGGUUCUUGAAAGUUGGCCUCAGAAGAUAAGAGUGCAGUUCAAUUCACAGCUGUAAAGAAAAGAUGCACAACUUACACCAUCCGCGUCUGGUCCCAGGACAACUUCUGAGAUCCAUCUGCACAUGGCUCUCCUCUUUGUAAUAUACAGGGUGAACUGUUGAAAACACACAGGACAUCUGUCACAGUGAAUCCAGCACUUCAGUGUCAUUACACAGAAUUUAUUGGAUUAAAGUUUGUAAUAUACAGUAUUUUAAUAAAGUUUCUGUAUUCAAUUUCAUGCACUUAUAUAUAUAAAUAAACCUGUCUUUAAAAACU